GUCGCUGUUUGAAGGUGGAGUAUCACUAGGUGUCCGGUAGGGGGCAGCAGAGUCCAGCGCCCACAUGACUCCGUAGAGAAGAAGAAGGGAGACCUGGACGCCGUGUUUUAUUUGGAUCGUCUGCAGAUUUGUGGACAUGACUGACCCAGUUCGGCUUCAGUAGCAGUUCGGACCCGAAACCCAGACCGUCCGUGACACCAGCACAGCCUUUCGCCGCGGACAGAACCGGAGGCAUCUCCUGAUCAUGGUGGACUACUACCAGGUUUUAGGAGUACGAAGGGACGCGUCUGCCGAUGAGAUCAAAAAAGCGUACAGAAAACUGGCCCUCCGGUGGCACCCGGACAAGAAUCCGGACGACAAGGAGGACGCUGAGAAGAAGUUCAAGGAGCUCUCCGAGGCGUAUGAAGUCUUGUCUGAUGCCAACAAGAGGGGCAUUUAUGACCGACAUGGCAAAGAGGGGCUGAUUGGACACAAUGGAGGGAGAGGAGGUCAUUUCCACAACGGCGAUCAUUUCCACGAACCGUUCACGUUCCGAAACCCAGAGGACGUUUUCCGGGAGUUCUUUGGGGGCAGAGACCCCUUUGCAGACUUUUUUGCAGAUCCGUUUGGUGAUGAUCCUUUCUUCAACAGUGGGAGGCGGCACCACAGCCGAUCGGGCCGCAGUCAGGCAGGGGCCUCGUUUUUUGGAGGCUUUGGUUUUCCUCCUUUCGGUGCUGGAUUCUCACCCUUUCAAGCAGAGUUCAGCUCCUUUGGCCCGAUGCGCCCCAUGGGCCACCUGGGACACAUGGGACACAUGGGCCACAUGACGACUAUGGGCAGUCUGGGAGGCGGAGGCUUCACCUCUUUCUCAUCGACCUCCUUUGGAAGAGGUGGAGGAGGGAACAUGGGAAACUUCCGCUCCGUGUCUACAUCCACAAAGACCGUCAACGGCAGAAAGAUCACGACUAAGAGGAUCGUGGAGAACGGUCAGGAGCGGGUGGAGGUGGAGGAGGACGGGCAGCUGCGGUCCCUAACCAUCAACGGUCAGGAGCAGCUGCUGCGACUGCAACACAAGUGAAGAUGCAAGCGGGCUUGGCCGCCGACGUCCCGGCUGGGCUGCAGGCGUUCCGGCUCGACCGCAGGCGUCCCGCCUCGGCCGUCACCGUCCUUGCUGGGCUGCCGACGUCUACGGCCCGGCCUGGACGUCUCGGCUCCCGACGUCCCGUCUUAGCCGCUGACGUCCAGGCUAGGCCGUAGACGUCCCGGCUCGACUGCAGACGUCCCGGCUCGACUGCAGACGUCCCGGCUCGGCCGCUGACGUCCCGGCUCGGCCGCUGACGUCCCGGCUCGGCCGCUGGCGUACCGGCUGGGGCGCAGGCGUACCGGCUGGGGUGCAAGCAUCUUGGCUGGGCCGCCGACGUCCCGGCUCGCCUGCCGACGCCCCGGCUCGCCCGCAGACGUCCCAGCCCGACUGUAGACGUCCCGGCCCAUUAGGACUUCACCGUCGGCUUCCCACACCCCCAGCAUAGGUUAAGGGCGGCUCUCAUGGACGACCUUUUGGCUUCUGUUACAGACUUUUGUGAUGAAUCUUUAGCUUUGGCUCCAGGGUCUGACUGUGGUCAAAGUAUUCUAAAACGAUCCUUGGCUUUAAUAAGGAAAGUGGCCCCUUUCUCGAGAAGAGCUUGUGGACUCUAGAAAAGCCUCCAGGCGCAGAACGCCUCCAUUUUCUUUACGUUUGACUGACCGAGGGGGCUGCCACUCGAAUCUGACAUUCCUGACCGCUUAGUGAGUAUGUUUUCAUUGUGCUAUUAGCGUUGUGUCAAACCUCUAGGCCAGUGUUUGUGUUAGAAAUGUACAUGUGAUGAUUUGUUGACUUCUCAGGUUAGUGUAUUUAAACUUGCCUGAUUUCGUUCACUCUUGACACAAGGAAUGAUCUCCAUGCUGGAAGUUCUUUGAAAUUUCAAAUUUCCAAAUUUUAGUUUAAACACUCAAAAUGAAAAAAGAGCAGAACGAGGAGCUCUGUCCUCUGUACCAGGCCGCCAUGGUUCCAGACAUCCGUGUGGGACGGUCACUGUCCACUUCCUGAAUCUACCAUUGUGUGGGCUCUGGCCUCUGCUGCAUACUUGAGGCCAAGAACUGAAGCAGAGUUACACCAAAACCUUGUUCUCAGAUCGGUACGACCGCGUACGACCGCUGCGCUCUGACGGAACAGACCUGGGUGCAGUUCAUCAGAUAACCACUAGGGGGUACAGAAACGAGGCACUCCAAUGGAAAUGACCCCAAUUAUCACAGGAAUCAACAUCUCCACAUCUUUCUGUUUGUUUUCUCUGCAGUUAGAUUGAAUAUUUGUCUGCUGCUUCUUCCUGUUGAUGCUCUGCAGGCGGCGAGCUGUCAGAUAAUUGUUGCUUCAGAACUUUAUUUGGAUCAAAACUAAACUCUAAAACUCAGUCUAAUAUAAAACUGGUAGCAAUGAGUGAAUAUCAGGUGUUAACAUGUUAAGAACCUCCAUGACUGCAGUAAAGUCACUCAUACAUGCUGUUUGGAUGAAUAAUUAUA